UUCCAGAAUGUUUCCACGCUGAUGUGGAGUCGCAGGAUGACGACGCAGCGGCGAUGACGAGCGGGGACAACACGAUUGUUGAUGUGAGAUUUGUCGUCCUGGUGUCAGAUGCACCCAGGGUGCAGUCAGGAGGACGAGAAACAUCACGGUGCACGCGGGUGGAGUUGCCUGCCAGCUGUGCCGGUACAUGGUAGACCAACCCAACGGGGCAGUCGGCCAGUGUAUUCAUACCGCUGUCAGCACAGGCUGUGUAUUGAGUCGUUUCAGAAUCCGCAGGCGGCCAGGCGGCCAGGCGGCUCUUUAUGGUUCGCCGGGCGGACAGGCAUGGCAGGGCCAGCACCCGUGGGCGACCGCUGGGCAGGGACGCACACCCGCUGGCGACGGGCAACGUUCAACUGACAGCUUGGGGAGCCAGGUGGUAGCGUGCUUAGGAACGAGGGCGCCCGCACUGGGUCGGCGAGCUGCUGGGCUGCGCGCUGUCAACGGAGGAUCUGGCGGAGAGAAAAUGCUUCGAGAACAAUUGGCGCUUCCAGGCAGCUUCCAUGUGGAAUCCAAGCUGAGCUCUGAGUGGGGAGGAAGGAGCGGUCCAAACUGCUUUCGUUCACGAGUCGUUCGUCGUACCCACACCUCGCACCUCUCACGUCUUCCUCCUCCACAUCUCAAGACACGCACGCCCUGAUCCCCGCCUGCGUCUGCGCUGCCCCUCUGCAC